AUGAACACGAACCGACUUUUGGCAUCCAAGCACAGCAUGUCUGACGAUGAUACCGCGCCCACACCCGCGGCGAAGCGUCUGAGGCCGGACUACACAGCCUACAUCACCGUGCUUGUAGGUCCCGAAAAAAAAGCCUACAUCGUUCACGAGAACACCAUCGUUCAUCAUUCGGCCUUCUUUCGCGCAGCCUGCUUAGGAAGAUUCAAGGAAUCCAAGGAGCGACUCGUCCGCCUACCCGAAGCGAGUUGCGAUAUCUUCGAAAUCCUGAUUCACUGGACGUACACCAAAGAGAUUCUUAUUCAAGGCAUCGGUUUCGCGGCCGACCGUCAAGGAAUCAGACGAUAUAGACGCUUGGCCGCGACCUGGGUGCUUGCAGACCAACUCGAAGUUCGCGAGUUACGCAAUGCAACGAUCGACAGCAUCCUUAAGCUUCAGAAAGAAAUCAAGGUCAAACCCUCGUUCGGCGCAAUGACUAUCGCGUACCAGCAGACUACAGAGCAUUCGACUUUGAGGGCGCUGAUUCGGGACUCUUACACCCGCGGGUUCCCUUCCAAAUGGCUCAAAACGAUAUCCCGCGAGAAGUUCCCUCUUGAGUUUCUGUUUGAUUGUGCAGUUUCUGCGGGCACAGGCUUCACAAAGCCGCCCAGCCCUGGCAUUUCGAGUAAAUGCAGAUAUCACGAGCAUGAGGAAGGCGAGCCGAAGUGCAACUGA